UCAGCGCCAGUUGUCCAUCAAUUGUUUGUGAGAUUUGCCUUUGACAUGUCGACUGAGCUAUCUGAGACGCAAAAACGCCUCAUCAAGGCCAUAGCCGAUCAAAAUGGUUUGACAGAUUACCAGGUGGAAGCCCAAUCUGGCUCUAAAAAAGGUGACAACUAUUUUGGAAUUAUAACAUCUGUUUCACUCAAGGACAAGAACAAAAAUAUAGAGCUAAUAGGCAAGUCUGCCCAUUCUGGUGAGGAAUUCCGAAAAAAGACCCCUAUUCACGCACAAUACGUUAGAGAAAGUCACCUUUACGAAUCAGUUCUGAGCGAGUUCAAGAAAUUCCAAGAAGAAUAUGCUAUUCCAAACCCAUUCGUUGGAUUUCCUAAGAGAAAAUUUUUCUUGAAUAUAAAAAAAAAGAAACUGAUGAUUUCUUAUGAGAAAUUGGCCUCAAUAAACUGUAAAGUAAACCAUAAGAAAUACUUUUUAUUUUUUCAGGAUGGAAGCAACACAUCCAAACCAACAAAAGUAUGUCUUAUCGACUGGCAGCUAGCGAAAUUAGGUUCUCCGGCGAAGGAUAUGAUUUAUUUCUUCAUAGUUCAUAGUCCCAAAGAUAUCUUGUAUGACUAUAAAGGGUAUCUGAACUUUUACUACGAAGUCUUGUGCAGACACCUCAGGGAUUUCUCGUGUGAUCCUGAAGAUCUAUUUCCAUUCAGCACUUUACAGAAACAUUGGAAUAAAUUUCUUACGUUCGGAUUAAUGAUAUCCAUUAUGAUACUAAAAAUGAUGCUUAGCGACAGCGAAGAGGCUCCAGAUUUUGAAAAACUAUCUGAUGCUUCGGGAGAUAUCUUUGAUUCUCAGAAUUUCUCUAUUAAAAAUGAGUCUGAAUACCAUAGGCGUGUUAGAGAUAUUAUCGAAUUCUUAGUGGAUAGUGGUCUUCUCUGAGCACCACUGGCUAAUAAACAUUUCAUCAUAAUAUAUGUUCAAUUUACGAUAAUCAAGAGCUUAUACAAGAUUAGAUAAAACUUUUAUGUUUGA